AUGGUUGUUUAUCUGGACCUUACCGAAAAGACUAUUGAUUGUUUCAAUGAAUGUGCAAGAAAGUUUUUGUUUCAGGGAAGUUAUGCUAAGUUUGUUGACGAGAAUCAAAAGUUCAUCAGAACGUUGAGUGAGAAUUUGAAAAAAGUGAAGUUUCCUGUGGGAGAAACUAUAUCAGAUAUGGUAUCACAGAACUGCAAAUUUUACAUUGACUAUCUGAUAAAAUGGAAUCCAAGAGAACCUCGUGGAGUUGUCCCCGGAACAGCUUUUCUGGAAAGAUAUACUCCAAAAUUAGUGAACGACUUGAAACGCGCAAUAUCUAUUAGAAAUUGGGACAAGUUUUACUGGGAAUACUAUCCAACCGCUGACUUUAUAAUAAACGAGGCAAGAAAGCAAGGUGUACUCGACUUUCAAAUUCAGAAGGGAUCAGGAUCAUACGAAUCGUUCCAUGAACGAGAUUUCGUAGUUACAAGCAUGCAACGGAAUACGGAUGAUGGAAUACGGGAUCAUCAUAAUACUCCAGUAGAAACCAAAAACUCAAAAGAAAUGAUUUUGAAAGUAGAGGAAAAUCCCAAAUCACACCAAUCAGGAAAUAAUCAUUCUAUACAUUACUCCGGCAACGAUGGACAAACUAUUAUUUGUAUAGAGGAUCCUCGUGCCAGCCCUACAAAACAUGAUAAUGUUCGGAAAACCCUGAUCCCUAGUCAAAGAGCGCAUAUUGACAAUCGGCACACCACAUCUCCAUUAUGUUCUGAUCAUUCUACAAAUGGUUUACAUGGUUCCAAGAAGUCUGAUUAUCUUAAUCGCUCGGAAAAUUCACCAGGAAUUCCUCUCCGGAACAUACCGAUUUCAGAGCAGCCACCAGUUGAUCAGCUACCGAAGAGCAGCCACCAAAGAACAAGUUCAACUCCAUACGUGUAUGUUUCUAAGACACCGUUACAGCUUAAAGUGCUGUUUUUUUUUAGAAAAUCGCCUCCUUUGCAAAAUAGUAGUCUUCACGACAGAUACAAAGACCCAACUUUGAAUAGUACUCAUCGUAAUCAGCACGUUCAUAAUACAACCAAAACAACUCGAACCUCUCAAAUCCAUAGGCCCGCUCAAGUACCGCUUCCGAAUGUACCGAAGCAAAAUCCACAAGGACGCUAUUCUACACCUACUAGGAUUCUAUACAGUGAGCACACCAUGAUACCAUCAGAACAUAAGCCAGGAUUUUCCGCGGACGAUGCUUUACAAAACAGGGAAUUUCAGGGAAGAUCUCAAGAAUUUAUAUUUUCUCGAACUUCAGCAUACAAAGAUAUAAGUUCGAGUAAUGCUCCUCAUAAUCAACACGUUCACGAUACAACUAUAACAAAUCGGACUUCUCAUUCCGGUAGAAACGCUCGAGAACCGGUCCAGAAUGUUACGAAACAAAAUCCGCAAGAACGAUGUUCAGGACAGUCACCAUUCAACACGUUUGGACAAGAUAGUCAGCACACUAUGAUACAAUCAGAAUAUAAGCCAGGAUUUUCCGCGGCUGAUGCUUUACGCUCAAUGGAACCCGAAAUGACGCUCAAUGGAACCCUGGAGAGUCUGUCUCCAGCCUACAACGCAAAUCAAGCAAUUUUGAAUUAUCAAAAAGACAUGCAUCUUGCUACCCUCAUAUCUCAGAACACACCUCCAAUAUACGAAAGUUUAAACAACUCGUCGAGUUCUAGAGAAAUAAGCUUAUGUCGGGAUAGCCCAAUGCUCGAUAAUCUUACUUUUGAUAUAGAACUCGCGAAGCAAAACCUAAGAAAUGCCCAAGAACUAGAAGCAAAGAGAGAGGAACGGAAGAAAAAGCAAAAAGAGUUUGACGAAGAAUUAAAAACAUUAAAGGAAGAGUCGAAGCAGCGCUUCCAGAUGCUUCUGAAAUGCAUUAUGUUGAAACGUCGCUUCGAGGAGCAGGAGCAACAUUGGAUGGACUGGAUUGCAGGAUGCAGACACAGUAUUGCCUCGUUUUUGAAUCGCUGGUACGAUUUCUAUGAUGACGUCGAGAAAAGCCACAGAGGUUUUCGAAGACCAGAAAUAGUGGACCUUUACGAGUUGCAGAGAGACACCGGACAUUUUGUGAACUCUAUUAUGGUCACCUUCAACGUUAUGGAAUGUGAUUUUGAGCACAUGAAAAGAAUCGAAAGUGCUCAUCCGGAUACAUUGUUUGUGAAAGUUCUUAUGAAAUGCAUUGCUGAUAUUGCUCAUGAGCUGAUAAGAAUCUACAAUUUCACUCAAAGUCUUGGAACCGAUCAGUCGAAAUUUCUCGAGUUACAAUCUAUGAUGGCUCGUGUCAACCCUAACAAGAUUCUCUCCACUGAUCAACUCCGAUCAAUUUGUAGAACAGCAAAUCCUUCAGAUUAUCAAUAUGUAUCCUUUCCUGAUCUGGAUCGUAAUUUGUAUUUUCGAGAGCUAUAA